AUGUCGGGCGUAGCAGGACUGCCACACUCUGGCAUCAACAACCUCACCACGCUCCUGCGGCGGCUCGAGGCCACUGUUAGCCGCCUCGAGGAUGUCGCUCUCACGCACGCGAGCGCGGGCGGCUUCCCCUCUGGCGCGAACGCCGUACAAGGCGCCGCCAUUCCUGCCCCCUCCGCGCCGAACGCUUCGGCCGCUGCUGCUCCGCCCCAGCCGCCCAAGGAGGAGGAGAAGGCUUCGCCUGCCGUAAAGGGAUACCAGGACCUCAUUGACGGACCUCUCGCGACUUACGAGAGUCUGAGCAAGGAGCUCGGCGGCCUCGUUGCGGAGCAGGCCCAGCACGUCUCAAAGGCCUUCCACGCCCAGAAGGACUUUGUCCAGCUCGCGUCGGCAUGCACGAAGCUCCCCACCUCGUCUCCUCAGUACCCGUCCGUCAUCGGCCCUACCCAGUCUGCGCUUCUUGCCGCCAUCGACAUGCGCGAGAAGAACCGAGCCAGCAAGGAGAGCAACCAGCUGACGGUCGUUGCGGAGGGUCUGCCUGCCCUCGGCUGGGUCACUCUCGACGAGAAGCCCGGUCCCUUCGUCGGCGAACACCGCGAUAGCGCCAUGUUCUGGGUCAACCGCGUUAUCAAGGAGCACAAGGAGUCGAAUCCUAAGCAGGUGGAGUGGGCUCGGAGCUUCGCCGCCUUGCUCGAAGAGCUGCGCAAGUACAUCAUGCAGUACCACACGACCGGCCUCGUCUGGAAUCCGAAGGGCGCUGACCCGACGACCUACAAGUCCGCCUCAGUCGGCGCCUCCUCGGCCGGCGCACCUCCGCCUCCGCCUCCGCCCCCUCCUGCUCCCGCACCUCCUCCCCCUCCUCCCGCAGGGAGCGCACCGGUCGAUGCCGCAUCUGCCGGCGCAGCAGCGGCCGGCGACAUGAGUUCGGUCUUUGCGCAGCUCAACCAGGGCGAAGGCAUCACCAAGGGCUUGAAGAAGGUCGACAAGAGCGAGAUGACGCACAAGAACCCCGAAUUGCGCGGGUCAGGUGCCGUGCCUUCGACUCUUGGCGGCAAGGCUCCUCAGAAGGCGCCCAAGCCCGGCUCGAUGCAGAAGAAGCCGCCCAAGAAAGAGCUCGACGGCAACAAGUGGAACAUCGAAAACUUCGAGAAUGACAGGGCGAUCGUGGUUGACCAGACCGAGAUCAACCAGACUGUCAACGUCUUCAACGUCAAGUCGUCAAUCAUCCAGGUCAAGGGCAAGGUCAACGCGAUCUCGCUCGUCAAUUGCCCGAAGACCUCAAUCCUGCUCGAUAGCACCGUCUCUUCCCUCUCCGUCUCCAACUCUCCCUCCUUCACCGUCCAAAUCCUCGGCCGGGUCCCGACCGUCCUCCUCGACGGCAACGACGGCGGCCAAGUGUACCUCUCACGCGACUCGCUCGACUGCGAGAUCGUCACUGCCAAGUGUUCGGCUAUCAACGUCUCGAUUCCGGAGGAGGGUGAGGAGGAAGGCGUGUUUGUGGAGAAGCCGGUGCCGGAACAGUUCAAGACGGUUGUCAGGGAUGGCAAGUUGCACACGGUUGUGAUGGAGCACUCGGCGUAG